AUGUUAAAAGAAUUUUUCUACGGAAACCCGUCAAAACUACCAAACUGUAGAUUCGGAUAUAACACUGAGUUCUCCAAAUCUAAAAAUGAUUUUUUUGAAUGCAUCAGUGGUCAAUGUAUACCAAACAUUCAGAUAUGCAAUGGAAUAACGGACUGUGAAGAUGGUUCAGAUGAAGCACUUGACAUCUGCCAUAAUAUGUUAGAGCAUAGCCUUACAUGCUCCACAUAUGAAUACAAAUGCAGCACGAAUGAUACCUGCAUACCGAAAGCAAUGUUCUGCGACACAAUAAUGGAUUGUCCGGAUGGAAGCGAUGAGUACGACGGUUGCGUGGAAGACUUGAUUUGCACCAAGAACAAUUUCCGAUGUAAUGACGGACGUUGCAUAUUUCGAGAAUGGGUUUGCGACGGCAGAAACGAUUGCUCCGACGGCAGCGAUGAGUCUAACUGCAGCAUAAAUAAUUGUAAAACAAAAAAUUUCCAAUAUUUGUGUAAAAAUCAACUAUGCAUACCUCUUAAAUUAGUAUGCAAUGGAAAGGAUGACUGUGGUGAUAAAUCAGACGAAAUCGGUUGUGAGUACUCUACUUGUCCCAGCUCGGUAAAAUGUGAUUAUGAAUGCAAACCAACUCCUAAAGGAAAUAUGUGUUUGUGUAAACCGGGUUAUAAAUUACAAAAUGAUAGCCACACUUGUAUAGAUAUCGACGAGUGUCAAACUUAUGGCAUAUGCGAUCAAGAAUGUGUGAAUUCUCCAGGAUCGUAUAGUUGUAAAUGUCAAACGGAUUAUUUCUUACAGGAGGACAAGAAAACCUGCAAAGCGAGUGGUUAUGCCAAAAUAUUGUUCUCUACAAAAAACGAGAUUUUCGGGAUGUAUCUUGCAGAAAUAAAUAAAUUCUUCACUGAAUUGAAAUUCUCAAGUCACCUGGCUAGUAUUGCAGUAAACGAUGAGCACAUAUAUUUUUCGAAUUUGAAAGAUAAUCACGAAGUCAUUUCAAGCAAUAUUCCUGAUUCUAAAGACAUCGUGACAGUAGGCUUGUCAAGGAUAUCAGCGAUGGCCAUAGAUUGGAUCACAGAAAAUCUAUAUUUUACGGACAAGAUUAACCAUCAUAUUGGAGUUUGCAAAAUCAGUGAAACCUACACAACUUGUACUGUAUUAAUUGAUGAUAUUGAUCAACCAAUGGGAAUUGCUUUAUUACCAACUCGUGGGAAAAUGUAUUGGUGUGAUUGGGGUUCUAAUCCACAUAUAGCAGUGGCGGGAAUGGAUGGCAAAAACAUCCGUGUAUUCGUCUCUGAAAAUAUAAAAGCGCCGAGAAGCCUAACUAUCGAUUAUCAAGCCGAUCGAUUAUAUUGGGUGGAUUUUAAAUUAAGGAAAAUCGAAUCAAUACGUUUAGACGGAACUGAUCGAAGAUUUGUACUACAUAAUAUAAUAUACAACCCAUUCUCACUGGCGGUUUUCGAAAAUAAAUUGUAUUGGGUGGACAUGAAAUCCAAUGCGAUACAGUCAUGUAAUAAAUUCACUGGAAAGGAUCGGAAUAUCUUACAUCGAAGUUUACAUCCUUAUAAUGUGUACAUCGAACAUCCAGCGCUGAAGCCUAAAAUUAACAAUCCAUGUCUUUCCAAUCCGUGUUCCGAAUUAUGCAUGCUAAAUCAGGAGAAUGGAUACACGUGCGCUUGUCCUUUGGAUAAGGAAUUAAACGUCGACAAUCAUACCUGUCAAGAGGUGACAAAGAAGCAGCAUUUGCUAUUAUCUGAUAGAUACAAACUUAUAGACUAUUAUGACGGAAUGAUAGGAAAACCGAAAGAGAAUUUUAAAUUUAAAUUAUUAUCUGUUUUUGGAUAUUUACAAAACAUGGCAUCUGAUCCGAUCACUGGUCAGGUAUUUAUAUUAUUCGAGAACUGGUUAGAGUUGUUUGACAAUUCAGUUGUCAAGCGCAUCGAUCCUGUCACAGAUACCGUUGAAACCAUCAUAUCGUUGAAAUCACAUGAUGAUUAUAGCGGGUUAGCAUUUGAUUAUAUUAGUAAUAACUUGUAUAUAUUAAACGUACAUAACAGAUCAAUCGAGGUAUACAAUAUAAAAACCUUGGCAAUGACGAUUUUCUAUUUUAAGGAUCAUGUUCCUUAUUAUAUUACAUUGGUACCCGAAGAAAGGUAUGGCAUUAUGAAAUUGAUGACUUAUCAUUUACGAAAUAAUAGUGUUUGCACACAUAAGUUCCGUAAUAACUUAACAAUCCCUACAAGUCUUACUAUCAUGGGCAACAAUAUCUAUUGGACUGAGGGUGACGGAUGGAGCGAGAAUAAGAAAUUAUACUCGACAAAUGUUAAAGACACUUUUGAUCUGAGUCAUAAGAAUAUACUUGUUUUUGAUAUGAUUCUAGAAGUUUCGUUUAUGGUAACUUUGAGUAAAGAUGUUAAACCUGAUCACGAUUGUCAGAAAAAUAAUGGAAAUUGCUCACACGUGUGUUUGCUUUCUUCUAAUGCUACUUUUAUUUGUGCUUGCCCUCCUGGAAUGGGACUUUCAGAUGACAAUCGUACUUGCAUUAUUAGUGAAUGUCUUGCGAACGAAUUUAAGUGCAGCGAACACAGUGUCUGCAUAUCAAAGAAAAAUGUGUGCGACGGUAUUGAACAUUGUCCGAAUGGUGAAGACGAGACGAUGGGGAACUGCUAUGAAAAGAAAAAAUGUGAGGAAGAUCACUUUACAUGUACAAAUGGCGAGUGUAUCGAUAUAGAAGAUCGUUGUAAUGGGCAUUACGAUUGCAUCGAUCUUUCGGAUGAGAUGAAUUGCAGAAGACCGCAAUGCAGAGAAGGUAAAUUUCAAUGUCACAGCGGAUCCAUCUCUUGCAUACCGGAGAUGCUUGUAUGUAACAAAAUAUUUGAUUGUCAAGACGGAUCGGAUGAAACCCCCGAGGCAUGUAAAUCAAUAACACAAUGUUUAGACGAACAAUUUCGGUGUAGCAAUGGUCAUUGUAUAUCUGCUUCGCUGAAGUGCGAUGGCUUCCAUGAUUGCCUCGAUAACAGCGAUGAAGUAUUAUGCCCAUAUUCUUUAAAUAAUUGCAGCAAAAAUGAGUAUCAAUGUUUAGACAUUAAUUUGUGUCUUCCUAAACAAGUAAGAUGUGAUGGCGUAUUUGAUUGUCCGAAAUUUGAUGACGAGUAUGACUGUGUAGGGUGCUGGAACGAUGAAUUUAGUUGUGAUAAAACGAAGUGCAUUCCGAAGAGUUGGGUAUGCGACAAAAAGAAUGAUUGCGACGACUUUUCAGAUGAGAAAGAUUGUGUCGAUGGUAAAAAACCCAUCAACUUCACCAUCACGGAAUCUACCAAAUGUAAUGAGUUCAAAUGUACUAUCGGCACUUGUCUGCCGUACUUGAAAGUAUGCGACGGUAUUCAAGACUGCCCAGACGGCAGCGAUGAAAAUGGAAAAUGCCAGACCGCUUGUUCACUAUACACUAAUUGUGAAUAUCAAUGUUACAAGACACCAAAAGGCGAUGUUUGCGGCUGUCCAGAUGGAUAUGGUUUAAAUGCUGAUGAGGUUUGCGAGGACAUAAACGAAUGCGAAAACGAUGUUUGUUCGCAAUAUUGUCGGAAUUUGGAGGGUUCUUUCGAAUGUCUUUGUAACGACCAUCAUAAAAUCGAUAUGGCGGACGGAGUUUCUUGCAAAGCUAUCGGGUCACCAAUGGAAUUCAUCACCAUUACUGAUAAUGAUAUUAGGAAGAUAUCAUAUAAUUUACGCUCGAUUGAUGUGAUCUAUUCAUUAUUGGAUUCCAGUAUAAAUGGAUUCGACGUGAACGCAAUCCACGAUUCUGUAUAUUGGAGUAACAGUGAAUUUGGCACUAUUAAGAAACUUAAAAUUGGAACGAAGGAAAUAUUCACAAUUACUACAGAGCAUCCACAGGCACUCUCGAUUGAUUGGGUCACCGAUAAUGUCUAUGUCAAUGAUAAUGGUCGUUUGAAUACGAUUCAGGUGUGCAAUUUCGAGAAACAAAGAUGUGCGCCUCUGGUGGAGAUAGAAGAUAAGGCAAAAGUAGGAUCUCUUUUAGUUGACUCGUUUAAUAGAUGGCUAUUUUGGUCUCAAAUAACUUUGCAAAUGGACAAACCAUUUAGCAAAAUAUGUCGGACAGAUAUGAUGGGCGCCGAUAUGAAAAUUAUUGAUUCUGAUGUAGGCUUUGUGAGCGGGAUGACAAUCGAUUACGUAAAGUCUAAAUUAUAUUGGUUGAACAAUUUUAAUAAUGUUAUCAAAUUAUCUAAUUUCGAUGGAAGCCAACGCAGCACGUUCUUAAGAAUGAAUAUGCAUCAUCCGUUAAGCAUUAAUAUUUAUGAACGGUCACUUUAUUGGUUGACGGGUAUGAACGGUCAAGUGCGACAUUGUAAAUUGUAUGGUGACAAAUUGUGCGAAACAUUAAAUAUAAACACAAAUAAUGUUCACAGACACUUUGCCAUUCUUCAUAUUUCCAGGCAACCUGUUCGUUGAAAUUUGUGUAACGAAGAGUUUUGCGAUUAUAUGUGCGUUUUGAAAGAGGAUAAUGCAACUUGUAUUUGUUCAGAUGGUAAACCGAUAAAAUCCAAUACAACUUGUACGAUAAAUAGUAAACCAUUAAUUGGAAAUACACAACAUACAAGUAUUUAUAUUAUAACAAUAAUUGUAUUAAUAAUUGCUAUUUUAUUAUUAUGCAUUUACAAUUGCUAUCAGAGAAGCGGCUUCCAAUGGAAACUAGGAGAUGACUCAAACAUUCACCGCAUUCGUUUUCAAAAUCCGUGGUUUAACCAAAGAGAUGAGGUUGAAUUAACACUCGAUUCGACAAUUGAAGAUGUGUCUCCUGAACAGCACGAACAUGUCAAUCCUCUUGAUGAUGAAUUCGCUGCGAUGGAAAGUAAUGAAAGAAACCAAUAUCAGGUGCUUGGAGGAGAGGGAUGUUGAAGAGACAGA